UUUUGUAAUAAUAACAAGUGGUAGAAUUUAGAGGCACACUUCCUUUUGAGUUUGCAGCACAAAAGCAAGAUCUCCAAAAAAAAAAUUAAAAAAGGAAGAAUAUGUGCCACGCUGAUAUAUAGCCGAAGCAAUCCACGAAAAUCAAUGGCGGAGGAGAAAAGAGAGGAAGAAGCGCACCCCAACAACGAACCAUCCACCACCAUGGCAUUCUCCGACGAGAUUCCCAAUAACUUCACUUUCCCUUCCCAACCACUCACCAUCUUCGACGCCAUGCCGCCGCCGCCUUUCUCUUCUUCCUGCGACAUCAAGGUCUCGCCCUUCGGCUUCCUCGACCUGCUCGGCGUGCACGACUACCACGCUCCGCUGUUCGAUUGGCCCCCCUCCGCUGCGCCGUCGCGGGCGAGCUCCAACGUGCCGGACUCCUCCGAGGUGCUGAACACUCCCGCGUCGCCCAACUUGUCGUCGAUUUCGUCGUCUUCGAAUGAGGCCACCGCCACCGCCACGACCACCACCAGGGCGGAGCAGAGUGGUAAAGGUGGGUUUGAACACGAGGAAGCCGAGGCAGAGGAGGAAGAAGAAGGUGGUAAUGGAGGCAGAGAGGACCAGGAUCAAGACAAGACUAAGAAACAGUUGAAACCGAAGAAGAAGAACCAAAAGAAGCAAAGAGAACCAAGAUUUGCGUUCAUGACAAAGAGCGAGGUUGAUCACCUAGACGAUGGUUAUAAGUGGCGCAAGUACGGCCAAAAAGCUGUGAAAAACAGCCCUUAUCCCAGGAGCUACUACCGUUGCACCACCACCGGUUGCGGCGUAAAGAAGCGAGUGGAGCGUUCCUCCGACGACCCUUCCAUCGUGGUUACCACUUACGAGGGGCAGCACACGCACCCUUGCCCUGCUUCGUCUCGGGCCAGCUUCGGGUUCGUGAACGAGCCUGGAGGGUUGGGACAUUCCGGCUCCUCACACUUGGUGCUGCCACAUCAACACCAACAGCAACACCUACACCAACCACAAGCUUCGGCUUUGAUAUAUAACUCCAACUCUCCUUUUGUAAACUCCGGCAGUAACUUCAUGAACACGACGUCGUUUGGUGGGUUUGGUCAUCAGGAGCACGCGAACCGUCGAGGAUUCGGGCACGAGGCUUUGUUGAGGGACAAUGGGUUGCUUCAGGACAUUAUUGUGCCAUCGCAGGUGAGGAAGGAGGAGAAUGAUUGAGUUAAAUUAUAGGUUAAUUUUAGUUACGAAUUUUGAUGAUGUUUAUAGUUUUAUUGGGCUGGGGAAAUUGAUAAUACUAGAUAGUCAUUGCUUAUAUGGUCUGUAAUCACCGCACUAUGAUGGUGCUGCCGAGUAUGAGGGAGUUUCUGUGCAGAAACCUACCUCACCUAAACCUUUUAGAGUUUACAUUUUAAAUCACUAUUCUUUGUAACUAGUGAUUUUGUUGGAUGAUGAGACAUUUGAUGUUUGAGACUUUUGUUGUUGAUGUGAUCCAUUAGGGUUAGGGAGAGGUUGAUGAUGAAUGGUUGGAAUUUGGUCCUCUCGUUAAGGAUAUAUGAGAAAAAGGGGUAAGAAGGAAGGUUGAUAAAAACUUUGUAUAUGGUAAGAAGAAAGAGUGUUAUAAUUGGCCCAUCCCAUAACUUAAAAACAAUGGUGUGGAAAAAGUUGUAUGACAUUAUUUUUUGAGCAUAGUACCGUUUAGCUUUUGUGUACUAUGGCUUUUACUAUCAUCAUUCUUCACCCUACAAGCUUACAUAAAAAGAUGGAGCCAUUCAAUGAUGAUGUGUGUUUCCUGGGACGAAAAUAGCUACCGCAUAAAUAAUUUCAUAUUGAUAGCUAAAGAUGGAUAAUGCAAUAUGUUGGUGUCAGUGCCAAAGAUACACAUGAUUCUCAUGCUCUACCACCACUGCCUUCAAUACCUUUCCUUCACUUUAAUUCUCAUAAUAUUACAACCCACUCAAUUUCACCAUUUCCCACCACUCAUAUAUACAAUUUCACUUUUUAUUUUCUAUUUUUUAUAAGCUCUCAUUUUUCUUUUGCUUUUGCUUCAACAGCGAUAUGAAAGAAGCAAACUACUUAGCCUGAUUUGGGUUGACUGGAAUUCUACUCUAUUAGCCUAAAUAUGUUGGACCAACCUAUUCAU